AUGUCUUUGGUUGGAAAUGAAUAUCAAUUAUCUGGAACUGAUACUGAUACUAAUAAUAUUAUUAAAUGGGGACAAUUUAAUUCAAAUGAAUUAAAUUUUGAAAAUUGCCGGAAUACUUUAUUGGAGAAAUUCGAAAAUUUAGCAAAUCAAUUUGCUAUUGGUUGGAAAUAUCAUAUAUUAAAUACGAAUGGUAUUAAGGAAGCAUGGAUUAAUUUUGAAGAUUUUUUUAUUGAAAUAUGCUUAUUAGCAACGGAACAAGAAUUACUAUCUGAUCGUGGUGAAAUUAAACCGCGUGAUAUGACCGGAUCAUUUCUUACUUAUUCAAUUACGGAUGAAUAUCGUACACCGGAACAAUGUGAUGAAUUGUUAACAAAAAAAGUUGAUGCAUUAGCUAGCAAAUUGUCACCUAAUUGGACAAUUAUUGUUACAAAUACUAAUCGUACUUCAAAAGUAUGGAAAGAUUUCAAGCGUUAUUUUCGACAAAUAUGUGCCAGAGAUCGUCGUUGUAAGUUUUUUUUUUUAUCAUAUUAUAAUUAUGCUAUCAUUAAUUAG